GAGAUUUGAUAUGAAUACAAAUAAAGUGGAAAGGACUGUACAAAAUUGAUACUCAUCAAUGAGUGUCUUAAUAUACUAUUCUAGAAAGUAGGCCUGAUUAAUUGAAUAAAUGAACAAUCAUUAAUUUCAUAACAGUAUUCGUAUUUUAGAAAGUUGCUCUAGUGAUAUGUCUAAAGUCUAGAUCUAUUUGAUUUGAGGUCGGUUCUAGAGCCACUGGAAUCCAGUGGCUACGGAAGCCAUUGCCCCCCUACGGAACUCCGUUCAUGAAAUUGAUGAUUCCUACUUCUGUGUUUAACUGCACGCAGGUACUAGCAAGGGGAACAAUUGCUGAGGAGGAAAGCUUGGACGUGGAGGCCGUACUGAAGGAGUUCUUAUUUAAUAUUUAAUAAUGAAUAAAUCGUUGAACUUAAUUUACAUUGUUUUCUUGGGCUUGAACCCAAGGUUGUAUUAACUGUGGAUGUUUUACUUUAAGCUUACGCGAGUAAUUUUUUUUAUUCUCUUCAGUUAUCAAAAAGAGAAUAUAAUUCAGAUAAAUAAUAUUUUACAAAGUAACCCGGUUUUACCAGCACUCUAGUCUGGAUGACUCGGGUCAUCCAGGGUGGGGUGUUACAAAUAUACACCCAGGCACUCCAAAACUUUGGACAAUUCAUGUUCAUGUUUCAGCAACAAGGAGGAUUUGCCCCUUUCAUCCCCGAGAUGUACCCCCAUGCCUUGCCCCAAAAUUCACCCCUUCUAGACACGAUGUGGCACCCUUCGCCAUUUCAACUAGCCAGUGUUAUCCGGUCGGCUAUCCCGACGAAUCUAGCCGAUGAAAUAAACAAGGCAGGUCCUUCUCAAUCCAAGAGGAGUAGAUCCCACAAAUCCCACACUGAGGUCACGCCUAACGGGGACGUGCACUCAGUACACAGCAAGGACAAGGACUGGGAUGUGCCCAGAGCCCAGAAGAAACUAAAGGGCAAAGUUGUCCAGCCAAAAGAGUCAAGGCAAUUGGCGUUCCAACGAUUGGGACACGAGGGGCGAAACCAGAACAUAUCGUCCAAGUCAGCGCAUUCGAUGGGCUGCGGGGAGGAGACGGUGCCAAGGAUUAAUUAGUCAAUACCGUUAUCGAGUGAGUUUGAAAAUACAAGGUUAGCCUCUUUGUUAUCCAAAAAAUCACUAGCAUUUCCUUUUCCACCUUGAGAUACUGUAAUUCGAGACCUCUAAGGGGUUUGCUUACAUAAUAGACCGGGUGUUGGACCUUGUCCUCCUCCCACAUUUGAAUUGUGCUAACUGCACAGUCUGUCACUGCUAAGUACAUUACCAAAACCUCCCUAUGCUUUGGCUCGGACAAAACCAAGGGAUGGGCCAGAUUCUCCUUUAAUUCUUCAAAAGAGUUUUGGCAUUUCAUAGUCAUUUCUAAAGUCUUCUUCUACUUUAUAAUUUUAAAUAAGGGUAAACUCCUCUCCGCCUAGUUUGAAAGGAAACAAUUUAGGGUCGCCAAUCAUCUCGUAAGCCUUUGCGCCUUUUUAACAUUGCCUGGCUUGCAGCAUAUCUGGGUUUGCUUCAAUGACAUUCUUGCAUGGUGACCAUAUGUCCCAAAAAUUUUCCAUCUUGGACAACAAACAUACACUUCUUUGGUUUUAGUCUUAGAUUAGCUUUGUCUAUAAUCGUGAAAACCUCAACAUGAGCUACCACAUGA